AUGAACUCUAAACCUUGUAUUUUGAAAAAUAUUAAUCAGAUGUUGGCUGUUUCAAAAUCUCUGACAAUCCUGCCUGCCAUUCCACAGCCACUGGUGGUGAUGGCCAGGGUGGGCCUGUACAGCACAGGCCAGUCCUACCUGGUGAACAGGCUGGCUGGUGAGAGCAAUGGCUUCUCCCUGGGCUCCACAGUUAGGUCUCACACGAAGGGCAAGGUGAGGUGUGUGCCUCAACCCAAGAAGCCAGACUGCACUCCAGCUCUGCUUGACAUAGAGGGCCUGGGGGAUGUAGAGAAGGGAGACAACCAGAAGGACUCCUGGAUCUUUGCCCUGGCAGCUCUCCAGAGCAGCACCUCUGUGUACAACAGCAUGGGACCCAUCAACCAGCAGGCCAUGGACCAAAUGCAGUAUCCUUUUUGUGGUCCAGACAACACAAAAUCUAGAAAAGAACAGCUUCAUUUUGUCACCAGUUGUGGUGGUGGAAGACUGCAGAAGAAUUCAGGAGUCCCCUCCUUAAUGAGCCCCAUUAUGCUCAGCAUCCCACUUUACCUCAAUCAGCACCAGAAGCCUAAAACCUCUGGUCACACAUUAUCCUUAGACAUGUAGCUGCACA